GUCCUCACCUCAGCUCCUUUUGUCCUGAUUUUGUCAGUUCGCCUUUCCCAGCUUAGGUAAUUUCAGGAUUACUCAACAUUUUUACCUUGUCUCUAUAUUUGUGAUGCAGCCUAUCGUGGAGUCAAGUAGUAUCCUAGGUAGGACACUAUUAGGGUCUACCGUGUAGCAUAGGUCCCUUGUGGGUUCUUGUUUGCCUUCGAUUAUCCAUUGGACAUUCAAGGCUUGAGUGACAUCAAUGAUCAAAGGUAUUCCACCAAGGUACGCGGAUGUCUCGAUGUCAAAUAAGCUUAUCUUGGCGUGAGAAGGACAGUUUCAAUCGAUCCACAUAACCCAAGACGAUAUCGUACUGUUCCUGGAAUCCCUCGAUUUAGUCCGCAAGAUCUGGCCUCAGAAUCAUUAGUUCUAGCCCCUCAGGAGAAAUACCAAUCUCCAUCAUACUCUGAGAAAUGUUAAAAGAUGACAAGUUUCAUUAUCACAACUCCAGCAUUCCUAUAGUACCCCAAGUAAUGACGAACCUUCGUGGCUGAAAUCUGGGAAGCUGACAAUGUAUUCUCCAGAGCCAGGGACAUAUUUCCGGUUGAACCUCGGCAUGUACCUUUUAUUAUUGUAUGGUAUGUGGGUCCCCGCGUGUGUUUGUGUGUGGCGAAUUCGCCAUACUUUAUCUACGAUAAAGGACGGCCGGAGUUUCAGGUGGACCUCAACCUCAGCGCUCGCGAAAGUCGAGAACACUCGAGGUGUGUAAGCUACUAAGCUGGGGGAAACAGAGUAGUAUAUCGAGAGCCGAGAUUCGGAAUAUUCAGCUACUUAAGAUAAUUAUAGUAGUUGAAAAUCAUGUCGCGUGGAGUGAAU